ACGACUGACUGGUCAUUCCUUCGGGUGAAACACAGUUGAAAGCAAGGGAGAGCAGAGCUACUGUACAGGACAGCAAGGAUUCAUGCCUUGGCAUCAAAACUCAGGCCAUGGAAAUAGCAUUGAAGGGUUUUCCUGUGAAGGUCGUAAAUAUUCCAUGGAGGAAUAAUAACCUCAGUACUCUGCAUACAGACCCCCCUCUGUCCGAACAAGGAGAGACCAUCAUUGGAGUCUAUCUGAUAGUGUUGGGAUGGCUGUCCUGGUUUGGAAACAGUUUAGUGAUGUUUGUCCUGUACAAACAACGGGCCUCGCUUCAGUCAACUGAUUUCCUCACUUUAAAUCUUGCCAUCUCUGAUGCCAGCAUCUCCAUAUUCGGCUACUCCAGAGGGAUCCUAGAAAUAUUCAAUAUCUUCAAGGAUGAUGGGUAUUUGAUCACUUCCAUCUGGACAUGCCAGGUAGAUGGCUUCCUCACCUUGCUCUUUGGCCUUGCAAGCAUCAACACCUUGACUGUCAUCAGCAUCACCAGAUACAUCAAGGGAUGCCACCCAAACAAAGCUUACUGUAUCAGCAUUAACACCAUUGCUGUAUCGCUCAUCUGCAUUUGGACCGGAGCGAUGUUUUGGUCUGUUGCUCCACUGCUGGGCUGGGGCAGCUACACAGAUCGAGGUUAUGGCACCUGUGAGGUGGACUGGUCCAAAGCCAAUUACUCCACCAUCCACAAGUCCUACAUCAUCUCCAUCCUCAUCUUCUGCUUUUUCAUCCCUGUGAUGAUCAUGCUCUUCGCCUACGUCUCCAUUAUCAACACAGUGAAAAGCACUAACGGCAUGUCAGCUGAUGGUUUCAUCACCACCCGUCAAAAGAGGGUGGAGAGAGACGUCACAAGGAUUUCCAUUCUAAUCUGCACUGCUUUCAUCAUGGCCUGGUCCCCAUAUGCAGUGGUGUCAAUGUGGUCAGCCUGGGGCUUCCAUGUGCCAAGCACAACCAGCAUCAUGACCGGUCUCUUUGCCAAGUCUGCCAGCUUCUACAACCCGCUCAUCUACUUUGGCAUGAGCUCCAAGUUUCGCAAGGACGUCUCUGUGCUGCUGCCGUGCACACGAGAGCGCAGGGACGUGGUGCGUCUGCAAUACUUUCAAAACAUCAAACCCAAAGCUGGGGGCACGCCCCCACCUGGAUCAAUUCCUGUCCAGAAGCUGGAGGCAAAAUAUGCAGCAUCCAAUGCUGAAAGCGACUCAGGGGUCAACAGCCCAUCUCAGACUCCUCCAUUUAACCCACAGGGGGUCUUCCACAUUGACCUGCCCUCACACAUUGAAACAUCACAGUACUGGUGUGACAGGCUCUGAAGACAUUUGACUUGAUUACAAGGGGAGAUUAAGAGUAUUUUUAUAUUUUUUGGUCUUACCCGUGUUAAUAAAUAAUGUAUGUGUAACGAAUGUUAAUAAAUUAUUUCGCACUUGUUGAAA